GAGCGGAUGAUCGCGGAUGAUGUGGGUGUGACGCUGGAUGCAGUCCAUGCCCGGAAGCAGUAGAACCUACUGGCCUUAUUUUUAAUGGGGCAGGCGUGGCUUGCUAAAGAUUUACGAUUCAGCCAUCCUGAAAUGCAUGUUCUUGCUGCGACCACGUUGACAAACACAAGCCACUCUCCAGAAUGGACAGGGGCGACUUGGGCUUGACACAGUGCGAGCGCCCACCCCGCUCGGCUGAGAACGCAGCCGCCACUGAUGGAGAUGUGGGUGAAAGUGACGAGAAUGUGGAGCGAGGCAACUGGUCCUCGAAGACCGACUACCUGCUCUCAGUGAUCGGCUGUGCUGUGGGUCUGGGCAACGUCUGGAGAUUCCCUUACCUGGCGUACAGGAACGGAGGAGGUGCGUUUCUUAUUCCUUAUGGAGUCAUGUUGGCACUUGCGGGAAUGCCCAUGUUUUUCUUAGAUUCUUCCUUUGGGCAGUUUGCCAGCAUGGGACCUGUUGGAGUGUGGAAAGCCGUGCCAAUUCUACAAGGUGUGGGGAUCACCAUGGUCCUUUUUGGGGCAAUUGGUGAAAUUUACUACAACUGCAUCAUCGCCUACAGCCUGUUCUACCUGUUUGCUUCCUUCCAAUCCCCGCUGCCGUGGUCAGACUGCUUCAGCUGGUGGGGUGCGGAUGAAACCUGCAGCCGGACACCCAGAGAUCCCCUCUGCAACCUCACUCUGGACGGCGAGUAUUCUGGAAUCGUUAAUACAACUUGGCUGCAGGCAAACAACAAAACUUGUUCCAAUGGAUCAGAAAUCCAUGUUCCUCACCAGGGUCCAAGUGAACAAUACUGGGAUAAGGGGGUUCUACAUCGGUCAACGUCAAUAGAUGAGAUGGGAGAGAUUGUUUGGAACCUGGCUCUCUGUCUACUUCUAGCCUGGUUCAUCAUCGGGGCCGCUCUGUCUCGAGGAAUCAAAUCUUCAGGAAAGGUGGUUUAUUUCACUGCAACAUUCCCGUACGUGGUUCUGACUGUACUUCUGAUCCGAGGACUGACCCUGGAGGGAGCCCGGAAAGGGAUUGAAUUCUAUAUUGGAAACCAGUCGGACUUCUCAAAGCUGGCUGAUGCUGAGGUCUGGAAAGAUGCAGCAACACAGAUUUUUUAUUCGCUUGCAGUGGGUUCCGGCAGUCUAAUAACCCUAUCAUCCUACAACAAAUUCCACAACAACUGUUACAGAGACACCAUCAUUGUCUGUGUAGUGAACUGUGCCACGAGUGUGUUUGCCGGAUUUGUCAUCUUCUCCGUCCUGGGACACAUGGCUCACGUACAGGAUAAGCCUGUUUCAGAGGUCGCUCAGUCAGGGUUCGGUUUGGUUUUCAUUGCCUACCCAGAGGCUCUUGCGCAGUUGCCAUGGGCUCCUCUAUGGUCCGUUUCAUUUUUCUUCAUGCUGAUCACGCUGGGACUCGACACUCAGUUUGCCACUGUGGAAACAAACAUAACAAUUCUGCUGGACCUGUUCCCUUCAUUUCUUCGGACAAAGCGCCUUUCUUUGACGAUCGCCAUUUGUUUGUCAUUCUAUGUCCUUGGCCUUGUAUAUGUGACACAGGCUGGGAUUUACUGGAUCAACUUACUUGAUCAUUUCUGUGCCGGGUGGAUUCUCAUUACAGCUGCUCUUCUGGAACUCAUCGGCCUGGGCUGGAUCUAUGGGGUGAACAGAUUCAUCAGGGACAUUGAGACGAUGAUUGGGGAGAAGGAUUGGAUGUUCUGGCUGUGGUGGAGAGUGUGCUGGUGUUUUAUCUCACCGUGCUUGUUGGUGGUGGUCUUGGUCUGGUCUUUGGUCACAUUCACCCCACCAACAUACGGACUCAUCGAGUACCCCACCUGGGCAAUAGCUCUCGGCUGGUGUACGAUCAUCUGCUGCAUUAUGUGGAUCCCCAUCAUUGCCAUUGUGAAAGUUGUCCAAGCUGAGGGCUCCACAUUAUACGAGAAGAUUUCUGCUGCUUGCGUGUCAGCUCCUGAUUGGGGUCCAUACUUGGAACAGCACAGAGUGGAAAGAUACAGAAAUAAUCAAGAUUUGCAGAAGCUCUAACAGUGUUAUACCUCUUGC